GAGAAGUCACAUGCACUACCACAGGCUGUAUAGUACUUGGUACGAAGUCCACAAAUAAACCAGAUGGCCUUGAAACAUGAUACUACUCCUUUAGGAUUCUCUCGGGUGGAAAGUUAGUUAUAUUUUCACAGUGUUGACUGGUCGCCAUAAAGUUAGCGCUCCAAACUUUACCCUAAUGGAUGCUAUAUCGAGACCAUACCCAUAUCUUCGAAGUUUUUCUGUAAACCUAACUGAAUGGCCAGCUACUACCUUUUUACUGGGUGUAUUUAUUUCUUUGGCGUUCAUUAAAAUUUUGGCGAUUUUGAUACGAAGACAAAAGCUGGCGAGGUUCAUUAACAAGAUACCUGGAAUAACCCCAAUCAACCCAUUUUUAGGAAAUGUUGCGAUAAUCAGUCAAAUUUUUGAUUCAACGGACAAGAUCCGAGUGAUGUUCUUCCAAAUUCUCUGCGGUUUCUCUCACAUGUUUGACAAAGAAAGGAUUUUUCGGUUUUGGAUUGGAAUACAACCGAUUGUAGCAUUUUACAAACCAGAGACUGUUGAGGUUAUUCUCAGCAGUCCUACGAUAUUGGAAAAAUCAGACGAGUAUGUGUUAUUACAUCCAUGGUUGGGUUCUGGGUUACUGACGAGUUCUGGAAAUAAAUGGAGAGCAAGACGAAAAAUGGUGACUCCUGCAUUCCACUUUCGAAUCUUGGAAGACUUCAUCGUAGUAUUCAAUGAACAGAGUCAAAUUCUGGUAGAGAAAUUAAGACAAGUUCAAAACCAUAAGUGGGUGAAUAUGGUUAAUUAUGUUACUCUUUGUACUUUGGAUGCCAUCUGUGAAAGUGCUAUGGGAAUACAAAUUCAUGCACAGAAAAAUAUAGAAUCGCCUUACGUACAAGCGAUAUACGAAGUUGCUGAAAUGUUUAUGGCUCGUUUGAUAAGGCCGUGGCUGUGGCCCGGAUUGUUAUUUGCACUUUCUCCGUAUGGGCGUCGCUUCCACAAAAGUUUAAAAGAACUCCACGAUUUUACAAGAAAGGUCAUUCUUAACCGGAAGGUUCACAUUUUAAACGCUCAGAAAACCAAUGAAGACGACUUUGCCCCCGACAACGGGAUAGGAAGCUUAAAAAGGCCUCAGGCCUUUUUAGAUCUAUUAAUUAACCAUCAUCUCAAUGAUCCCAGCCUAACCUUAGAGGACAUCCGUGAGGAGGUGGACACUUUCAUGUUUGAGGGACAUGACACAACCGCUAUGGGAAUUAGCUGGACACUCUAUCUCAUUGGUUUGAAUCCUGCUGUUCAAAAGAAAGUGCAAGACGAACUGGACUCAAUCUUUGGGAAUGACACCGAAAGACCAAUCACCACUGACGACAUUAAAAAAAUGAAAUACUUGGAAUGUGCGAUAAAAGAAAGUCUCCGUCUUUUCCCUUCAGUUCCUUUCAUUGGAAGGGUUUUGAAAGAAGAUUUCGUCGUCAAUGGCUACCAUAUACCGAAAGGGACAUCUUGCUUCCUGCUUAUUUUUAUGCUUCAUAGAGAUCCUGAAAUAUUUCCAAAUCCGGAAGUUUAUGAUCCUGACCGUUUCCUACCAGAAAACGUAGCAGGGCGCCAUCCCUACGCUUACGUUCCUUUCUCAGCGGGUCCCAGAAACUGUAUUGGCCAAAGGUAUGCAUUGAUGGAAGAAAAAGUUAUAAUAGCAGAUAUCUUCCGUAACUUCAACGUGACAUCAUUAGAUCCAAGAGACAAGAUACAGCUGAUUGCAGAAAUGGUGAUUCGGCCAAAAGAAGGACUGCGGAUGAAAAUAACACCUCGUAUACGAGAAUAAUCUGCAUAACUAUGUGAAUUUAAUCCAUAACAGUAAAUAAAAUGAUUUGUGUUUCCAUAUUUCUACAUGACAAGUAAUCUGUAUUUAAAGAAAGAGCAGUACUUUAUAUAAAUUCAUCAAUAAUAAUAACAAUAAAACACCAGCAUAAUAAUGCACUAAUAAUUGGAGAAUUAUCAAAACAUAAAAACCCGACUAGUUUCGCAGACCAAGCUUGUUAUUCCCAAGGGAUGGAAUAAAAACCGUUUUCAGGUCAUUAUAGAUAUCAUUUAUACAUGGUGAACUGAGAACGGUUUUAUUUCGUUGUUUGAGAUUUUGUUUGAAGUUAAGCACAAAGCUACACAAUGGGCUAUCUGUGCUCUGCCCACCAGGGUAUCGAAACCCGGUAUCUAUCGUUAUAAUUUCGCAGGAAUCCAGCUGUGCCACAUCCUGUUCGUCGCUUGAGAAUGUCAAGCUCGGAAUAUCGGAAGUAGUCUGGUUUCCUAUGUUCUCUAAAUUUUUUAAUGAUUUGUACGCUAUUAUGUUGAUGUGUCAAUACAGUUUUUAAGUAAUCUCUGCUAACUUGUGCUAUGUGGAUAUAGUUUUUUGUGUGAUAUCUUGGACAUAGGAUAAAAUCUGAGGUAAAGCUUGUAUUGCAAAAUGUUUAGGAUUUCACCAUCAUACUCGAAAGCUAGGCAUUAAAAAAAACUCAUGGUUCUCCAGUGACUCGGCGACAAGUUUAAGGGGUUAUAAUGCUAAAGGCCAAGGGUCGAUUACAAGUGGUGGAGAGAGCGCAAAUAACCCAUCAUGUAGCUUUUCAUCUCUAAAACAUUAUAAAUAGAUCUAAACUAAAAUAUUAAGUUUUGAUGUGACUCUCCUAAGAAUGUUAUACCUAUUGUUCUUUUUAGCUUAUGAUGUAUUUGUACGAAAUUAAUUCUAAACCUGUAGAAAUUACAUUUAUUUUCAUAUUAUUCAUGCUAACACUAAAACUAAUUUUAAGACCUAAUCGGAAUAUACCAAAUUUAUGUAAUUACGUACUAUAUGCUAAUCUAAGUACUGCCUCUUAAUAAAAGAAAUUGUGGAAAAAGUA